GUGAUGACGACUGGCUUUGACAUCUGAUUGGCUGUCUGGGAAAAUGAAAAGUCCUUGCGGUCCGGGGCGGAGACCCAGGAGAAGAUGGGGCGGGACCCCGUGUGGGAGGAGGCGGAGCCUGUGGGCUUUGGGCGCGAGCUGUUGAAAGGCAGUUGGUGUGUGGGUUCGGUUGCUUGGUCUGUCCCGCAUCCCCCGGCCCAGCCCCAUGGCUGACCCUGAGGAGUUUCGGGCUUCGCCGCCGCCGCCGCCUCCCUCGUCUCCGUCUUCGGGCGCCUCUUCGUCGUCCCUCAGCAUGCCAGUGAGUUUGGGCUGGCGGAGUCCGAGCCGAAGCCACCACCCAACCGUGGACCCCCUGGAGCAAGUGGAGCUGCAGAUCGGAGACGCAGCAUUUUCAUUAACUAAACUUCUUGAAGCCACAUCUGCGGUAUCAGCUCAGGUGGAAGAGCUGGCCCUGAAAUGCACCGAAAAUGCACGGUUCCUUAAAACGUGGCGGGACCUCCUGAAAGAAGGCUAUGAUUCCUUGAAACCCGACAACUGACUUGCAGAUGUGGUCAGUUAAUGACUCACACUUAAGAUAUUUGCACAUGGGCCGCAUUUAUGGGGCUGCCUGUCUCCAGACAUUUAUACUGAGAAUGAAUUUUUCUUAGUAUUCUUGACUUUUGAGAAAGCAGAAUACUGAAGGGUUUUUUUGUUUGUUUGUUUGUUUAAUUGCUCUGUUACCACAGUGUUUACCUUGAAUACUUUCUGCCCUCUAAACUUUUGUAGACUCCUUUAUGAAAGCUAAUUCCAUCAGUCAAUAAUUGAUUAUAGCAACCAGAUCAUUAUUCGUUUUUCAAGAAGAUGCCAGAAGUGCUGAGUUUGGAUUUGAGCUUGGUUCAUCCCCUAAGGCCCUUGAUGGAGACUUCAGGUGGUGGGUCCAACUCCACAGGACACCUUCUCUGAAAUCAGUGAUGGCGCUCUAUUUACUUCUUAGCUCAGUACCCGAAGCCAUAUCACACAAGGCUCAGUGCCCGUGGAUAAGACUUGACGAGUGUAAUUAGAAGCUACGUUUGCUUCCUGUUUUCUAGGAUGAAGACUAAUUGUUUCUCUAAGAAAACUGUAUGAAUCUAAACUUCAUUGACUUGAAGGAAAAAUAUUCAAUUUCUAUGUGAAUUUGGUUUUUCUUCUGUCUUGAGAAAGUCUCGCUGUGAACCCCACGUUUCCGUCUUAGCCUUUUGGAUGGCAGGACUGACUGCUGGUGUGCAACACCAUACCCAGUACAGGGUUUUGAAUUUUGAUGAUGACUUUUAAAAAAUAUUUUUCCUGUUCUGUGAUCCCAUUUCUAAAAAGCUUUUACUUCAUAGAAUGAAAACUUGUA